UGACCGGCUCCGGACACUUAGUUGCAAUUGAGCUGUCUUCCUGGUUGGUAGCGAUGAACUCAAAAGUGACCGCAGUGCUCGUCUCGUUGGCGCUACAGAUCGUCCUGGUCUGGCCCGCAGCGGUUCCCGGUUGUCCGGAGGAACCCUCCCCACCACCAGUGUCAGCGGACCCAUCCCCCUGGACCGCCCGAAACCCGGAACAGACGAUGUACGCGUACGUACGCUGCCUGAACGACUCGACGGCCAGCGUAGAGCAGAAGAUCCGGUGGGUCCGCUGGCAGCCGGAUGCGUCCACCGAGAGCCAGUGCUACGUCAAGUGCGUCAGUGAAGAGCUGCGACUGUUUGACGUGCGCGAGCGCCGAUUCCGGCCGGAACGGUUCGUGCUGCAGGCGGAAUCGUACGGUCGGGGGGACGUCAACGGCGAGUUGGACAAGCUGCGCACGAACGCGGAACCGAUGCUGGCGGGAUCGCUCGAGGAGGCGACCUGCGAGGCCGUGUUCAACAAGUACGCGACCUUCUACACGACGCACACGGAGACGAUUCUGCGAAUGUUCCACGGAGAUCACCGGGAUUUGGUGGAAACGUACGGGACGUUGGGCGAUAAGGUGAAGCAGAUUGGGGAGACGUUCGUGGCGUACUGUGAGAAGCGGUACGGAGGCAGCUGGAGCGAGGACGAGGCUUGUCCGGCGACGGCGCUGGUGGAUUGUGUGCUGCGAGGGUUCCGCUGGAUUACGGAGGAAGGGGAUGUGAACGUCAACGAAAUCCGCCGUGACUACGCGGCUGCCGGGUUCGGCGAUAGUGGCGAAGCCAGCUGCCAGAACGCGUCCGGUGCUCGUGAACUGUUCCACUGUCUGCGAGAGGCCAGCGCCGCCAAGCUAAACCAAGUGAUAAGGGAGCGCAACCAGCGGACGGCAUUCUACUUCGACGCAGCGUCCCAGGAGGAACCGUGGCGAUCGGCCGUCGAGUUUGGCCAGCAACGGAUGCAGCUUUAGUGACUUUUGGAUUUGAGUUGCUUUCAAUUCUUUUAAUAAAUUUGGUGUUGUAAAUGUUA